AUGAGUGGCAUAUUAGAUACUGGGAUUGUGUUUACUCUCCGUGAGUACGAUUCGCUGGUAUGCCUACUCAGGGCGAGUGCGAAAAAACCCAAUCAUGGAUGCUUUAGGCAACAUACAGUCGCAUAUCGCGUGAACUGCUUCGGUGUAUGUGAGCAAUUUAUAGCUCUGGGCUGGUGCGACGGGACUAUAUCAGUCAUCGCCAAAGACACUGAGUCUGUUGUCCAUUCCAUCAAACUGCGAGAUGAUAGACGAAAACCUCUCGCUAGAAACAAGACCAAGUGUAUUCCUGAGAACUUGGAAAUUCGUUUGAAAGAGGACUUGGUCAUCGUGUGCUCUACAUAUACGGAAAAUCCCCAUAACUUGACCAGUUCAGGCUUCUCAUGGUCGAGUCAGACGAUGACGCAUAUAUAUCGGAUGCCGACUGCGGUCAACGGAUCCGUUCUCUUCAAAAAGGUUGUGCGCUUUCUCAUCUGUGGUACGCGGCACAACCGGUUGUUGGCGCGUCCUUACGUGUCCGCCAGCGGGAACCUCGUGAUAACAGGCGACUUACGGGGGAUGAUAACUGCCCACAGAUUCAACCAAAAGAUGGCUUCCUACAGUUCUUCUACCCUGACGGCUGUACCUGGCUAUGUGCGUGAUAUCCAAGUUCAAGGCAGCCUUCUGCUAAUUACUGUGCAAGCAUUUCCUCAAAACAGAAGACACGAAGAAGACGAUUUGAUAGAGAUAGUUUGCUCUGAAGAUGUACGUCUUUAUAUACUCGACCUGUCAACCAAGAACUUGAUCCAACUUAACCUUUUGGAUCUGCUCCCUCAGAAAAAUCCGUUCCAAAAGCUAUCUUGCCUUCAACCGGUUUGGCUAACCAAAGGCAAUCCUCCCAUGUUUAUUUGCUCGAUUUCUCAGUCAUUUCCAAGCUCCACGCAAGAAAAAAAGUCUAUUGAUGUGUCGACCAACCACACUAUGGUACCGGUGGCAGCUGUUUUCGUGGUACGUAACUCAACGGUCAGCCUGCAGCGAGUCAUCUAUAUGGACUGUUUCUCCACCAGUCAGUUCUUUUCUAGAAUACCGGUACUGCCGUCAGCAAUAUCGACGGUUGGGCAAAAGUAUGACAUGGCUUCGUUAGGUCGGCCUAAAAACACCCAAUCGGACUACAACCGUAUUCUUCACUGCCUUGCGUACACAGAGAAAUCGCUGCGUGUGCUGUCAGACAAAACCCUUUUGCUAUGGACUACUUCACGUCAAACAACACCACUAGCCAGUAAGGAACUUGAAGCGGAGUCUUUGCUCGCUCUGUUGGAGUUGGAGGUCAAUGAUGGGUCGGAGUUUUCAGGUCUCUGCGCAUCGGCUCGUUUGUUAGCAUACUCCAACCAGCUAGGAAACAUUCAGUCAGUUUCUGCGUUGCGACUGAACCCACGUGCCAGACCGACAGCUUACCCCUCUGGAAGCAAAAGUCAUUCUUUCCAGUCUUCUAUCAACAGCGGUUUGGAACUUUGGAUCCAGCGUGCUGUACCUCCGCAACUCCAAAAUGACGUCCCUAAUCUCGUUCUUCUUUCCACUCACCCUCUGUGUGCUCCUCGUUUAGCUCUGGCGCCAUCCGUGGACCUGGCCGCCUUGUUCUCCGAACAACACCUCAACGAUCCUCGCCACUUUCAGACACGCCCAUGCUAUCCACUUGGAUCCAAAGAGUGUCGUUCUGCAAAACUGGUUGCUUCGCAAGGGCUUCGGAAUCCACCCCUCACUCAUAAGCGGCCGUUAGUGGAAACGUUUGAACAAGGAGUGGAAGUUGGUGUAGACUGUCUGUUGAUAGAUCCGUCGUGCAGCUCAUCUGAACACAGUCACUCUGAAGCAGGAUUAUCCCGACUACAGGAUCUCCCAUCCACAUCCACAUGUAUGGACAAUGGAAUUACGAACGAAACACCCGUUAUCCAAGGGCAGAACAAGCAGUCGGAGCAGGUUUGUGCAAAAACAGGCGACAUCCAGAAGAGUAAUUCAGACUGUCGGUCAGCUACGCAUCCAAGCUUGGUUCAAGAUACCUCAUCAGCGGAUGUUUUAGUGACCCUCUCUAGAAAUCCGCCUAUCCCUUAUACGGAACAGAUUACCAAUGAGAGCAUUGAACAUCAACUCUCCGGUAGUGAGAAGGAUACGGAUAACAAUCCGUUGAGCUUCAACCUUUCCAAAUCUCCAAGUAACCCGUCUUUGCAUGCAGAACUAGAUGCAGAAUUAGAUGCGUUCUGCAGCUCAGUUUCCGAGCAAAUGGACACCACGAAUCAAGUUGGGUCUGCACCGGCUUCUAAAGGGAGCUUUUCAGACAGAUAUGAAACAUUAAUUUCGGAGGAUUCCUGGUGGUUAUAUCGUUGCCCAAAAGCCAGUUCAAGUGACAUUUUACGCUUACAAACCAAACUGGAUGCCAAAGGAUCAGAACUUGUCCCGUUUGUGACGUUCAAUGGUACUCCGGGAAUAGCAGUGUGGCAAGCAGAUGGUUCCCAUCCGGACUGGAUACUAGCGCCGCCUUCUUUUGGCUCAGUAUAUUCACUCAACGUUUCGCCACAUGGGGAUCUAGUUUGGUGUCUCAGACCACCAGUAAAACAAGCAGGGUCUUUGUCCGGGUAUGCAGUGGACGUUUUCACUGAGCGUAACGGACUACACUCUCUGUGCUCUUCGUGGAUUGCCGGACAGACAGGUCGUUGGGAAUCCAAUGUAUUGCUCAGGGUAACGAGCUUGGAUUUUGGGAAGUCAUUCGCCCUAUUCACCACCACUUCAGGUACUGUAAAGGCACAAUUCGGUCUGUCAUCUCGAAGGCCCUACUGUCAGUCGUACACUUGGCCCUGUCCCGAUCAUCAUCUUUUGCAAAUUAGCGUCUCUGAAACUGGACUUGUCUGGGCCUUGGCUUUGACGAAGCAUACGGCCUCCGCAGAUGAUUCUCAGUUAGAUUUCUCCAUGGAAAACUUAUGUAUUCUCAUGGCUCACAUACCCGAGGAACUGCAAGAUAACACUCAACAAAAUCCUUCCGUCAUUGCGAAUCGUCUACGAUCCGCAUGUUGGUAUCCAAUCCUUCUACCUGCGUUGCUUGAGCCUUCUUUGCAGCAUCUGUUGCGCAACACAACUUCUCUGGAGCAGCUCGGAGUUUCUGUUAGCCGGGUUGUACAACUGGGCUUCUCGCCUCAAUCUAACUCAUUUCCAGGUUCCUCAGAACCGGAAUCAACCUGCUAUACAUCGUUGAACGUUGGGUGGCUGUUUGUACGACCACCAAUAGCUGAGCUAGACACAUUGCUCUCCGUCUUUCGGUCGAACGAGGAAAUUGAUGAUGGCAUACUUUACGGCUGUGCGUUUUUCCUACCGAAUCUGCGAUUGUAUUACAAGCCCGAUGACUCGAAUUGGUGCCAGGCCCCCAUUGGUGGUUUCGGAGGGAAACGUCGGUCGCAAAAGUCUUUAAAGUUGUUUAAACAAUCAGCCAGUCCAAAGUAUCGCCCAACGCUUAUAAAGUUCCCUGCUCAUGUGGUCACAAACUCCCCAAGCUACAACCUCAAGACUCGCCCCUCAGGCUCAUUCAUGGACUGCAGUCUACCAAUGUGGCUUGUAAUUCAACGUCCGUUUAGUGGUACCACCAUUCUCGCCCGUGUCCGUGAAUCAUUAUCCGUUUACCAGUGGUCUAAACAUCGCGUUCACGUGCAAACUAUCCGAUCGGGCUCUCCACUUGGGGAUGACUUUGUCCAUUGCCAACAUGUUUGGCAACAUCCAUUGCUGGUUGAGAUUUCCUUGAGGGAGUCAGUGCAUUCUUCUGAGGAAACUGCCUGUUGUUUAUGGACGGUGAAUACCAUUUCAAACGAGCUAUUUUGCCAUUUCGGUUCGUCCUACUCGAAGUCUUUGGCUAUACCGGCUGUCGAUUCAGGACCGAAUGCAAUUACUUCUCUCUGCCUGGUUCCAGACACUCGGAUCGGUGUUUUCCAUCUACUCAUUGCUACAAGUAGUGGGAAACUAUGCUCAAGAAUCGGUUUGUCUGCUUCCUCUCCAACUGGAACGUCGUGGGUGUCGGAAGUCCGCCCAGCUUAUUGGGAAAAUCCACCAAGUGACCGGGGCGUCAACAAGGAUUUGCCUAUAUACUUCACAUCGAUGGCUUGUGCAGGCUCAGAACUGUGGGCCACGGAUAACCUAGGAAAUCUAUGCUCCACCGUGGUCCGCUUGACGCAUGGAGUUUCUGCUUCGACCUCUAUCUCAUCCACUUCACCUAAACCUAACAUAUACUUCUUGUCGAUUGCUGCCGGUGAGUGGAACUCUCGGGGUCUUGGUGUUAGCCUAUGGGCAAUAGGUUUGCCCGUCGGAGAAGCUGGAAAAUACAACGUUCCCCUCCGUUCCAACUUGAACGAGACCGCUACCUAUCCGCCAGUUUCUGGUUUACUGUACACACGUUGCUGGAAUCCGAAGUCCAAUACCUACUUUUGGCUUCAUGUUCCAUCACUGAAUGCGCGUAGCGUCCACGUGACUUCGAGACGCGUUUGGAUGUUGUCUUCUACUCAUCCGCCCCAGAUAUUCGUGCGACAGUCUGAUGGCGGGAAGACACCCGAAUUUAAUCUUCCUGGGCCUACAGCAGAUCACGUUGGACACUCCUGGCAAUCUGUUCCUCUUCCAGACCCCCUUCUUCAUAGAACGAGUGUGGAUUGUAUGUCAGUUUGGUCAUGCUCUAGAGAUAUUUUUUCAAACUCUGCAAUCCCUGCAUUCGAUCUGAUAGCAAUAAGUCAGACUGGUGAAUUACUGCGACUAAACUUGUUGCCGUCGUUAAAGUUUUCCGAGAGAAAGGAUCACCACCUUCGGGAUUUAACUCCUCCUGCUAACAAUAACUUGGUUAUGCUGACAGAAGCCGGGGAUUUUUUGGAAAAUUGAUGAAUUCGAUCAGCUCCUGCUGCAACUUGGCAAACGUUCAUGUGGUGCAUAAUCAGUUCGCGACACUUUCUCAUCUAUUUUUUUUAUUCCGAUAGCGUUCUGGACACAUGAUUUGUUUUCUUUUUCAUAGCUGAAGUACUUUUGAACCUUCUGUUUAUUAUUUUUUUUUUGGCAUCAUGGUUAUAUAUUUUAUGCUGGACGACUUAUUUUUCGUUAAAUGUACAGCUUUCACUUGUGUUCCUGAGAUCUGAAUCUCUAUUAGGUUGCCUUAUAUUUCCAGAUUCGUUCCUUUCACUUUGUAUCGGAAGUGGAUAAU